CAAAUGUGCCCGAGUUGGUGAAAACACAGUGCUCGCUAAAUGUCAGCUGACGUCAGAAGGUCUUGAAAAAAGAGCGAGCAGAAUACGAGCACACGAAUACGAAUACGAAAGCGAAUACGAAUACGAAACCGAGUGGGAAUGGGACUCGGAGUAUAUAUGUAUAGUGCGGUACAUACGGUGAAUGAGAGAGAUCGAGAGAGCGACGAGCGACUCACUCUCGCAUUCGCAUUCGCAGCGACUUUCGAUUGAUAUUUUGGCUGUAGUCAAGCGCACAUGAGUCAGAUUCGUAGCUUUUGUUUUGUUCAGUCGCGUUCUGUGCAAUUCAGAUUCAGAUUCACAUUCAGACACUCGCUGCCAUCCGAACCGAACUGAAGUCCAAGUCGAAUCUAAUGUGCGUACUUACGUGUAGAGCAGUUCAAGAAAAUGUGCAGACAUACAACAGUCGCAUUUGUGUGGAUGUGUGGUUGUAGUGAAGAGUGCCAGCAUUAAUCGCAUUUUUCCCCUGCACGAGCACCACGACUAGAAAAUACUCGACACGUCUGUCUGUUUUUUCUGUUUUCUGCUAUUCUGCUUCUCUGCUUUUCCGUUUCGGUUUCGGUUUUCCUCCGCUUGGCCUAGUGAAAAACCAAAAAAAAAAAAAAAAAAAACAAAUUGAUAUUGUGUAAGUUAUGUCUAGCAUUGAAAUAAUGAAAAGAUGAAAAGUGUCAUUCCUAUAAAUACACCACCUCGGGCAAAACAGUCGCAAUAGAGAGCUGGCCAAAAACCCAAACACAACAAACAAAGGAACCGCUGAAUAUAACCAAACUUCGGAGUAGGGCUGAGCCAAAAAAGUAUAGUGCGCAGCCAUCAUGACUAACUCACCACCCAAAACGCCAGCCCAAGUACAGAAAAUCGAUAUUCUAGUCGCGCUGUAACGCUGGGUAGCCGCUAAAUACAUAGCUCCUACCUGCAAACAAAAAGAAAACAAUACGAAAACACUACCAAACAGUCAGGCGAGACAUUAGUAUACCGAAAAGCGAAAAUUGAAAACUGAAAACCACUUCCGCCAACGGUCGACAUCGCCAUCGACAUUUAGCUAGCAUGUAUAGCAAAUGAUAGCAAAUGUCUUACAUAUCAUACCGAUAGAGAAACCAUCUGUGAUACGCGUGUACCUUAAAAAUGAACUAACUUUGCACCGAUCGAGGGUAUCAGUGGGAAAUUAACGAUGCGUCUUGUCCGCAGUAAAUGUUGUCAACGUGAUGUUUCUGUAAACGACUAUCUGAACACCCCGCAUCCGCACCAACACCACCAGCACAACCAGCACCAUCCAUCGUCCACCGACGUCCAGCACACCAAAAAUAUAUUCACACGCUACUGGGACGACCACAUAAGAAUGAAGGAAUCGAGCGAGGGAAAGUCCAGGGCCAAGGCCUCAUCCGCAACCGCAUCCGUAUCCGUAUCAGCUACUGCAUCCGCCACAUCAUCUACAUCUUCAGCACCUGCCAAACAAACCCAGAGCGUCACGUUCGUGAGGACCAGUAAUGCAGCAGCUGUUUGCGACGCCAACGGGAACGGGAUUGGAAUUGGGAAUGGGAGCUCCAUCCCAGCGGAGUGGACAUUCCCCCCAAAGGCGCCCACUCCGCACAUCUACAAUUGCCUGAGUCCGGACAUGAUGGCCUCAAGUGAUAAAAACAGCUUUAAGGGAUUUCGCAAGCAAUUCAGUGGACGGUUUAAGCGCUUAGUUACUCGAAAAGUGGAACACACUCCAGUGAUACCUCCAGAAUUGAAGCCGCAACUAAAAACAAUAUACGUUUACUAACUUAAGAUGUAACGACAAUUGCAAGCACAAGUGUUUUCCCCACUAUAUAUUGUACAUACGUAGGCACCUGAUCGGUUUGCGUAUACAUACAUAUAUGGCAGGAAACAUUAGUGAUAGGAAAAGCAAGAUAAACUAAGUUAUCAUAAUACCAUUCUGAUUGACAAUUUUAAGUAUUCAGCGAUUCGUGCGUAUUGUUAGGCUCAAUAAAAACGAACAUUUCAAAGACA